AUGGCAAAGUAUGUCAAGCGUAGAGAAAAUGUAGUCAAGCCACAUACUCCCUUAAUUAAGUUCCCGGACAGAAAAAGUAUCCCCAAACCUAAAAUACAGGAAUCCCUACAAGCAAGCGUGCCAUCACACCGUGCUUCAAAAGUGCAGGAGUCUGUAGGAGGCAGAUCACUGGCCUUUCAAAAUAUUUCACCUGUUAGUAGGGUACAAGGUGCACCAGACACUUCUGAAUUAGCAAGAACCUUACCUCAGAAAUACAGAAGGAAACCUAUGUCAGAGGAAGAGAUUGAAUAUAUUCAACGUGGAGGUCCCGAAUAAGUGUGGAAGAUCGUUUGUUCACCACUGUUGAAGAAUGAAGUAUUGUAUUCACAAUAAAAGCAUUUCUGUAAUGUUAUAAAUGAUUGUACACUAAUAGCUUUAAUAAAGACCCUGUAGGAAGGGUGAGAAAGUUGUCACUUAACACACUA